GAUGCCGAUGCGUUUCCUUUCGUGAACCCUCGGUGAAGGGCACCUUGCUUCUAGCGGUUCGUCGCGGCAAGUCUCCGGAGUUAAUUGCGCAGUGGGUAGCUGCAGGGCUGCUUCCGAUGCUGCGCCGCUUUCAAGCUUCCAGUGAAGGACACCCUCGUACGAGCAGCUCCUUGCGGUCAUUAAUGUGAUUACCACUAUAAAAGCAGCCCUGACCCCGAUGCCGUCGGAAUUGGAUCCCACACUUCGCACUGUAUCUAGCGCGGUUGCCAUUUCAUACAGUGGUGCAAGUUGUCUUCUUUCGAUUGCUUGGAUAUGGGGAGCCUAUUAUGUAAAGCGCGGCUUGCUAGAAAAUGUUGUACUUGGGACCAAAAUACGGAUCACCGCUACGGCCAUUGUAAUGGCGUUUAUUAUUUACGUUAUGUCGCAAAUGGAAAAUCCGAGUCUCAUCCCUAUAUUAGGUGAGACUAGGGGAAUGAAGCACCACCGCAUGGUAAAUGACUCAUGGAGCCUGGACCCCAAAACUAUAGUGCUACAGAGCGUCAACAUCCUGUCGGCACCGAACUUGCUGGCGUUGGCUCUGAGAAAUUCGGCCGGCAAGGAUAAAGAUCCGGACAAGAGGAACGACGACAUUGAUGAAAAGACUAAAAAGAGCAUUCAAAAGUUGGCUCUGAAAAAUCCGGCCGACAAGGACAAAGAUAAAGAUCCUGAAAAGAAGAAGGACGACCCUGAUGAAAAGAGCAUUCGCAAGUUUACCGCGCUGACGUGGGCUGUUUUGCAAUUCCUACUUGUGCUUGGUGUUGAGGCGCUCAUCAUUUACAGAUUGGACCAAUUCGUCAAGAGCUUGCCCGAGUAACCGCAGGACAGCUUUCUCAGGGCACGCCUCGCACAGAGCGCGGCACGAUCUCCUACUCGCCCGCGAGAGCCAGGCUUUUGCAUCUCAAUAACAAAUUCAAGGGCGCGCA